AAAUAAACAUUAUAAGUCUAAGCAAAUUGGACAGCUGGAAGGUUUACUGAAGUCAGCACAACUAAAAUAAGCUAAAUAUUGAUUUACCUCCUCAUAUAUUGUUUACACUAUGAAUUGAUCUACAACAGAUUGGUCAACAAAAAGCUUUUUUGCAUUUUUAGGCUAUUAUGUUACAUUUUUAAAAUGCAGUGUUAGGCAUUUUUUUUGUCAAAUCAGCAUAAAACAAAAUAUUAAAAAAAUGCUAGGUAGUAAAAUUUGUGAACUGUUGAUAAUUAUUGGAUCAGAAAUUUAUUUUUAAAACCCAUUUAUAUAUCCUUACUGCAAUGUUAAGUUUGCAAAAAUGAUUAUACAGUUUUUAAUUUUUACCAAAUUACAGACAUGAGCAUAUUUUAAAAAUGUGUAAAUGUGUUACUAAGUACAAGUGAGUUAAAGUUACUGAAAUGGAAAAUCCCACAUUUCGAUUUCCUGUGGCACGUUUCUACACAUUUUCAGCAUUUUUUCUGUUGGCAGAUUUCAUAUCUGCAAUUGCAUUAUGGGUUAUAAAAAUUCCAUCAAGUGAUACAACAGCUAGUAUUACGGAGUUCUCAAUUUCAACGUCUGUUUUCGAGUUGGUGUGUAUCAGUUUUGCACGAUGUGUCAUCUUGAUUGUGGCAUAUGCGUUACUGGAGAAUAUGACUGUUCAAGCUGGACAAAAUGGGGUCAACAACAAAGGCAAGCAGAUGUUCUUGAAAAUGCUAUCAUUUAUUAUUUUGCUUAGUAGCUUUGUAUACAUUACAUACAAAGACAUAGUAGUUUUAAAAAAAUACGAAAGUAAUAAAAAUAUAAUGCAACAUAAUGGAUAUUAUGCAUUGUGCAUUUCAUCAUUUGUAUUUUCUAUAUUGGACAUUUUAUGGUACAUCAGAUAUUUAAUUUACCUUCGUAAACUGCAAAAUCGAUAUGCAGUUCUAAAUGACAAAGAGUCUGGCUCUAAUGAUGGCACAAAAGAGAAGAAAAAUGUUAAUGUUAAAAGGUUGAUGUCAUUAGCAAAACCAGAAUUUUGGAAGUUGUUCAUCGGAACUAUUGGGUUGAUUGGCUCAACAGGCUCACAAAUGAUUGCCCCUUUGUUUUUUGGAAAGGUGAUUCAAGCUGCUGCUGUAGGGACUAUGGAUGAUUUAAACAGGGAGAUUUUGACCUUGUUUAUAAUAUACAUGAUUGGAGGAUUUGCAUCUUUUUUUCGUGCUUGGUUGUACACGCUGGCUGGCCAAAGUUUAGUUGCUAGGCUACGAAGGAAUUUAUUUGACCACAUGAUAAGCCAGGAAGUUGCUUUCUUUGAUUUAAAUAGAACUGGGGAGUUAAUGAAUCGUUUGUCAUCGGACUGCCAGGUUGUACAGAAUGCAUUAUCUGUCAAUAUAUCCAUGUUGGUGAGAUAUGUUUUACAAAUCCUGGGAUCCGUUAUUAUUAUGUUGAUUACAAGCCCACGACUAGGUGGUGUUUUAUUGGCUGUGGUUCCUCUCGUUGCCAUUGGUGCACAAAAAUACGGUGCAUAUGUUCGUGACCAACAAAAAAUAUUUCAAGAUGAACUUGCAAAAUCUGCCUCAUCAGCAGAAGAAACAAUUGGCUCCCUACGAACAGUACGUUCGUUUUCACAAGAACCUAAAAGCUCUAGUGAAUAUGGAGAAGCUGUUGAGGAGAGCUUUAAAGCUGGGGCUAAACUGUCUCUGGCAGGUGGUUUUUUUAAUAUGGGCAUGGGAAUCAUGACGCAGGGUGCUAUUGUCCUUGUUUUAUGGUAUGGAGGAAAGUUAGUGCAUGACAGAGAUAUGAACGUUGGUGAACUCACAGCUUUCAUUCUGUAUGCACUUAAUGUUGCAAUGGCUUUUGCAUUCUUAUCUUCUUUAUAUGGUGACUUUAUGAAGGCUGUGGGUGCGUCAGUCCGAAUCUUUGAGUUGCUUGAUCGAGUUCCUGCACUAACACCUGGAACUGUUCAAUUAUCAGAUGCUAAAGUCAACAUAUCCUUUGAUGACGUUUACUUUCAUUACCCUUCAAGACCUGAUACCUCCGUUUUAAAGGCUUUCUCGUUUACGAUGAAACCAGGUGAAACCAUAGCGUUGGUUGGACCUUCAGGUGGAGGGAAAAGUACAGUGAUAAAUCUUUUGGAAAGAUUUUAUGAUCCUAUCGAUGGUGUUGUUACAGUAGGUGACCAUUCACUGAAAGAUAUUGAUACCAGUUGGUUUCGAAAGAGAAUGGGGAUAGUCAGUCAAGAGCCCAUCCUAUUUGCUACGACCAUCGCGAAAAAUAUAGCAUAUGGAAGAGAUGCAACGCAGGCUGAAAUCGAAGAAGCUGCGAGACAAGCGAAUGCUCAUGAUUUUAUUUCAACGUUUGAAGAAGGCUAUGAAACAUCAGUGGGGGAAAGAGGUAUCAAAUUGUCCGGUGGUCAAAAGCAAAGAGUUGCCAUUGCUCGAGCUCUCCUGAUGGAUCCUGAUAUAUUACUUUUAGACGAGGCUACCAGUGCUUUGGACGCAGAAAGUGAACACUUAGUACAAGAGGCCAUUGAUAGAGCUAUGGUUGGUCGUACCGUGCUAGUUAUAGCACACCGUUUGUCCACCGUCAGAGACGCAUCAAGGGUGAUUGUGAUAAAUAAAGGAACGAUCGCCGAGCAAGGUACACAUGACGAGCUCAUAGCGUUUGAUGGCGUUUAUAAGAAGUUAGUUUUGCGACAGUUAGAAAAAGGUUCAGUGAAAGACGAUUUAGAUGAUGAUGACGACGCAAUUGAUCCUUCUAAAAAUCCUGAAUAUGAGAGACAGAUAUCAAAUAAUAAAAUCUAAAAUGAUUGACAGUCCGUGAAAGUUUUAUUGAUUGAUUUAUCAUUUUAAAUAUUGCACAUUGGAAUCAAACAAUUUAAAUAAAAAUAAAAAAUGUAAUAAAAAACAAACACUAAGAAGAUAUAUUAUUGUAUGGAAUAGUGUUAAUUUGUUUAUUUGUUUGUUUAUUUGUUUGUUCAGUUUACUUAAGUUGAUUAGAGAAGGUAAAGUAACAACUAAUUAUGUUCCAGUCACUGUAACCUAUCGUCUUAUCGCACGCGUAUCGUUUUUUUUGCAAAGUAUUUAUCGCAUAAACAGUAAUUAUUUACUUGAAAAAAACACGGCUCCCCUUUUUUGUUGUUAAGAUGCUUCGCAUAAAGUGUGUUUCGUAAUCUGUCUGUAGAAAGCGUAAACGUCGCCUUAUUUUGCUAAAUCAUCGAGAAUGCCAUUGUACGAUUUUUGUCGUAUAGAAAAUUUAUUUUCAAUAUGAAUGAAACGUUCACUUGUGACAUUACAACCUUAUACUUCGAGGAACAAGGGACAUAAUUUUAUUUUUCUUAUUCGUUUUUUAUUAAAUUUUUAAUAUAUUUGUUUUAUGUAUUUCGUAA